AUUCGUCAUAUGUCAUACGAUAGUAAGCAAUAGCGAGAGUGCUAUAUGGCUUAUGUAGUCGCCAUUGCUAUAUCGUGCUCUAGUAAUCGCAGUAAAAAGAUCACCUUGUCUGCGGUAUUUCAUCGGAUGUUCAAGUCUUAACAAAACUCAAACGUGUUGUAUGAGUGUACAUAUAUACAACAUAUUGCGACGUUGACAGUUGUCAGAACUCUUAUAGUGAGUCGCAUCAUUCGCGCUACGUUGGAUGCAAUACAACGAUAUCCGUACGAGGUAUUCCUCUUGCAACAAAAUAAAAGAGCAACAAUAAUAGAGUUCAAAAAUUUACACAGAAGGACAAAGCAAACAGUUAGCAGCUACUCUACCAAGUUGAUGUGGAUUCUAGUGCCAAAAAAUAUAUAUAUUAAUAUAUUGUAAAAAUGACUGAAUGCAUCGAACGCAACAGUCUAUUGACGGAUGGAUUAUUCAAGUCUCCUUCAAAUCUACAUUUGCCACAAAGUUCAUCUAUAUUUUUUGAUGAAAUUGACAAUAUUGAUUAUCACUUUGAAGAUGCACGCUUAGAAAGUUACAAAGAUUGGCCAUGUGUAUCUGUAAGACCAGAAAGACUUGCAGCAGCAGGAUUUUAUUAUACAGGAGAGAGUGAUAAAGUGAGGUGUUUUGAGUGUCAUGUGGAAAUUAGUCAGUGGUUGCCGGAUGAUGACCCGAUGGUUGAUCAUCAACGGUGGUCUGGAAAAUGUAGGUUUAUUCGUGGUAUUCCAUGCGGCAAUGUACCCAAAGGUGUAGAUCCCAGCACAAUCCCACCAUCUGUGCCUAGAGGAAGAGAUGUGUGUGGACCUUAUGGUAUAGAAUACUGUCCUAAUGGUACUUCAGACACUAAUGUGCAUAUACAAGACACAGUGACACUUAACUUAGGGGGACGUGCAGAUCCAAAACACCCUCAAUUUGCUAAUUACGAUGACAGAUUACGUACAUUUGAAAUGUGGCCUAUAUCAAUCCCACAAACCAAGGAACAAUUAGCUGCUGCUGGUUUUUAUUACACAGGAAAUGGUGAUCAAACGUUGUGCUACUAUUGUGGAGGAGGAUUAAAAGAUUGGGAGCCAGAAGAUGAUCCUUGGGAACAACAUGCUAAGUGGUUUUCUAAAUGUUGUUAUUUGCUUAUGGUCCAAGGACAGGAAUAUGUAAACAAAGUAACUGGGAAAUCUAGCAGCAAACAGGAGAAUUAUAGGCAAUCUGUAACUGAUGAAGAUGAGAAAGUUGAUGACGAGUGUUAUCCUGGACCAAGCUCUCAAAAUUCAACAGGUUCACAAGAUAGUGGCUUUGAGAGUAUAGGAUCCUGUACAGAAUCAAACAAAUUCAGCAAUGAUCAAUUAUCUAUUAACAAAUCUCCAUCAAAUAAUUUGCAUGGCAAAAUCGAUGAUGCGAGAAUGUGCAAAAUCUGUUAUAAUAGAGAAUUAAGGAAGGUAUUUGUACCAUGUGGACAUUUAGUUGCCUGUGCCGAGUGUGCAAAAAACAUGAAAACAUGCGCAGUAUGUCGUAAACCUGUGGUGGAUACUGUACAAGCUAUUAUUUCAUAGUCAUUGUAUCAUAGCAUUUUGAAUUUCAUCAUUGAAUUUCAUCAAUAGCAAAAAUUAUUUUUGCAAACAAGACUAUAUGACAUGACUCAUGUAGCAUACCAUUUUGCAGGUACAAUCUAUAUCAAUGGAUGGGUUGGUUAGAAUUAGACGUAAAUAACCUCAGUACAUAAUAGUUACGACAAUCAGAUUUUUCAAAAUUUUGUACAUGUGCAAACAGAAAACUAAUUUUGGUUUUGGUUCUUUUUUGGACCUUUUCUGAGAUUUACAGUACAUAAUAUAAAUAUAAAACAUAAUAUUUAUUAUAAAUACAUAAUUAAAAUCGACAAAAUAUAUAAGGAAAUAAGUAUUACUUUGCAAGAAUUUUAAAUAUGUAUUUUUUUUACUUUUUAACUUCACAAUAUAAGGCUUGUUUCUACCAAACUCGAUUAAACCUUAAUAUGAAUUUGACUUUCAAUAAAGUUUAACUUGUUUAAAUUCAGAUUAAGGUUUAAUCGACAACGGCUGUUGUUUAACAGAAAAAACUGCUUUGCAACUAUUUUAAAAUUCGUAAAUCGAUAAGUAUAUGUUUUUAACUUCGACUAAAUCUAAAAAAAGCAUAUACUAAUCAAAUUUAUAAAUUUACAACAGUUAUAAAGUAGCUUUGCUGAAUGCAUUGAUAAGAACGGGCAUAAAAUGGCUAUAGUGAUAAAAUAAGAGUCGUAAAAAA